UUUAUUUAAAAUUUAAAAAAAUAAUCUAUUUUUCUCUUAAUUUUUAUUAUUUAUAUCUUUCUGUAACUUAAAAUGAUAUAAAAUUAAAACGGACUAUUAUUCACCUGCGAUUCGAUUCGAGGGAGCUUCUUAUUGGAUCUGCCCUCUCAAGUUCGCUAAUCAUAAUCUCACUGUUCUGGUUCAGCUUCUUCUACUCUUGAAAUAAGAGAUGGGGUUGACUUUCACCAAACUUUUUAGCCGGCUCUUUGCAAAGAAAGAGAUGCGUAUUCUCAUGGUAGGUCUUGACGCUGCUGGUAAGACUACCAUAUUGUAUAAGCUCAAGCUGGGAGAAAUUGUUACAACUAUUCCCACAAUUGGAUUUAAUGUGGAGACUGUGGAAUAUAAAAAUAUUAGCUUCACUGUAUGGGAUGUGGGUGGCCAAGAUAAGAUACGUCCUUUAUGGAGACACUACUUCCAAAACACACAGGGGCUUAUCUUUGUCGUGGAUAGCAAUGAUCGUGACCGUGUUGUUGAGGCUAGAGAUGAGCUCCACCGAAUGUUGAAUGAGGAUGAGUUGAGAGAUGCAGUGCUUCUUGUGUUUGCCAACAAACAAGAUCUUCCAAAUGCUAUGAAUGCCGCAGAAAUCACAGACAAGCUUGGUCUUCAUUCUCUCCGUCAACGCCACUGGUAUAUUCAGAGCACAUGUGCCACCUCUGGGGAAGGACUCUAUGAGGGACUGGACUGGCUCUCCAACAAUAUAGCCAACAAGGCUUAAGAGACAUUCAUUUUUGAGGAACGCUGCUAUCUUGCUUGGCUUUGCGAUUGUAUUAUGAGUUUGAUUGGGUGUUGCAUCUCUUACAGCAUAAAAAUCUCUUUUAUUUUUAUUUUUAUAUUUUGUUUUCUCUUAUAGUUAUUUGUUACUAUAUGAUAGCAAUCUUGUUAGUUCUUCUAGAAUUUCUAGUAAUUAAUGAAUUACAAACUAUAUAAGCGGGAGUCUUUCAUUUGUAUUCCUACGCAUUUGGUCAUCAAUGUCAUCAAUCACGCGAAU